AUCGGAGAGGGGAUCACUAAACUGUUCUCUAUAUUAGGGGCCAAUGUUGUGGUCACCGGUAGGAAAACCGAUGACGUCCAGAGAGUUGCCAAAGAGGUUCAAGAAUUGUCACCAAAGAAACUAAAGCCAUUAGAAGUGGUCGGAGAUCUUACACAAACUGAAUUCAUCGCUACUUUAAUUGGCAAUACUAUCAAAACAUUUGGAAAGUUAGAUGUUUUAGUGAAUAACGCCGGUAUAAUAGCAACAACAAAUAUCACCCAAAAAGACUUAAUGCAAGCCUGGGAUCAGGUCUUCGCCAUAGACUUGAGAGCAGUCGUCGAACUGAUCCACGAAUCGGUUCCACAUUUGGAGAAAACUAACGGCACUAUCAUUGAUAUCUCGAGUUUGGCCGGAAUAUCACCGUUUGCCCAAACUCUGGCGUACGGGCCCGCAAAAGCCGGUUUAGAUAUGAUUACUAGAGUACUGGCCCUUGAAUUGGGAUCCAAAGGCAUUCGUGUCAAUAGUUUAAAUCCAGGCUGUAUACAAACGACUGAUAAACCGGACCCUAUAUAUGAUAUUGCAAAGACAGUUACACCACUCAAACGAUUGGGACAACCAUUAGAUAUCGCCAAAGGAGUGGUAUUCCUGGCCUCAAGUGAUGCCUCAUUCAUAACCGGCGCUAAUAUGGUGGUCGACGGCGGACUCGUCUAUAAUAUCGGA